GGCGGCGGCGGCGGCGGCAGGUUCGAGUUCCAGUCCCUGCUUAGCAGCCGCGCGCCGGGCUUGGACCCCACCUGCACCCGGCUCCGCGCGUCCGAGAGCCCGGUGCACCGCCGCGGCUCCUUCCCCCUGGCCGGGGCGGGCCCCUCGCAGGCGCCCCCGGCCCCGCUCCCCGAGGAGGACCGCAUGGACCUGAACCCGUCGUUCCUGGGCAUCGCCCUGCGCUCCCUGCUGGCCAUCGACCUGUGGCUGUCCAAGAAGCUGGGAGUGUGCGCCGGGGAGAGCUCGUCCUGGGGUAGCAUGCGGCCCCUUAUGAAGCUGCUGGAGAUCUCGGGCCACGGCAUCCCCUGGCUGCUGGGGACCCUCUACUGCCUAUCCAGGAGCGACAGCUGGGCCGGGCGCGAGGUGCUCAUGAACCUGCUCUUUGCCCUGUUGUUGGACCUGCUGCUGGUGGCCCUGAUCAAGGGGCUGGUCCGCAGGCGCCGCCCGGCCCACAACCAGAUGGACAUGUUUGUCACCCUUUCGGUAGACAAAUACUCCUUCCCUUCGGGCCACGCCACCAGGGCCGCCCUGGUGUCCCGGUUCAUCCUGAACCACUUGGUGCUGGCCAUUCCGCUGAGGGUGCUCGUGGUACUAUGGGCCUUCAUCUUGGGCCUCUCCAGGGUCAUGCUGGGGCGGCACAACGUCACCGACGUGGCUUUUGGCUUUUUUCUGGGCUACACGCAGUACAGCAUCGUGGACUAUUGCUGGCUUUCACCGCACAAUGCCCCGGUCCUCUUCCUACUAUGGAACCAACAAUGACACCAUCUCAUUCAUAUGGCACCAGGAGAUCUGAAGGUUUCCACAUGCGACCAUGCUGACAAAAACCAGCCGCACUCCUGCUCGGCCCUCUAAGGACAUUUCAGGCUUCCU